UUAAGAGGGAGAGAGACAGAACCCUCUAAAAGUUAAAGGUGGGACUUCAAUCCAAACGCUCCAAAAAUGAGUUUCAGAAGCUUCAAGAGAGAGAGAGAGAAAGAACCCUCUUAAAGUGAAAGGUGGGACUUCAAUCCAAACCCUCCAAAAAAGAGUUUCAGAAGCUUCAAGGAUUCACCUGCAUUUAUAUCUCUGCAUUCUCCUUGUCAAUAUGACGCUCACUGUAAACGAGCACCUUCUACGAUCCCUCAAACCCAUGCUCAAUCGUUAAUGUUUCUCUGCUUCCAUUCUAUUUAAUUAUUUGGGUUCUCCCUUUGUUUUUCGCUGUGUCCUUACCUGAUGGGUCCUGAUAUUGGGUUGACGAAGAAGUGAUAGAAAAGCUCAGAAGGAGGGAAAAAAGCAAAAAAAAUGAUACCAGUUGGAGAAGAAGUUGGUGUUCCCCCUUCUCUGGAAUGGAGAUUCUCUCAGGUAUUUGGGGAACGUGCAGCAGGAGAGGAAGUUCAGGAAGUGGAUAUUAUCUCGGCAAUUGAAUUUGAUAAAACGGGUGAGCAUCUUGCAACUGGAGAUCGUGGGGGUCGUGUGGUUCUAUUUGAAAGGGCAGAUGGAAGAGAUCGUACAUGUAGGAAGGAGCUCGAGAGAUUGGAUCAUCCCAUCACAAAACAUCCUGAAUUUCGCUACAAGACGGAGUUUCAAAGCCAUGAGCCUGAGUUUGAUUAUCUCAAGAGCUUGGAAAUAGAGGAGAAAAUUAACAAGGUGCAGUGGUGUGAAAUGGCAAAUGGGACCCUUUUCCUUCUGUCCACAAAUGACAAGACAAUAAAAUAUUGGAAGGUUCAAGAAAAGAAGGUAAAGAAGAUUUGUGAGAUGAAUUUGGAAUCAGCACCCGUAAGAAAUGGAUACGUAGCUGGCACGGCUGGAGCAUUGAACCCAAAAAUAUGUGCAGCCAAUGGUGGAUCUCCACAAAGGCACCAUAAUUAUCCUGACUUUGUGUUUCCUCCAGGAGGAAUCCCAUCACUUCAUCUACCGGUGGUAGUAGUUAGCCAUGAAAAGAACGUUGUACCGAGGUGUCGGCGAGUAUAUGCUCAUGCUCAUGACUAUCACAUCAACUCCAUUUCAAAUAACAGUGAUGGGGAGACAUUUAUAUCAGCAGAUGAUCUGAGAAUAAAUUUAUGGAACUUGGAAAUAAGUGAUCAAAGUUUCAAUAUCGUAGAUGUGAAGCCUGCAAACAUGGAGGACCUCACCGAGGUGAUAACAUCUGCGGAGUUCCAUCCUACUCACUGUAAUACACUCGCAUACAGUAGUUCAAAGGGCACAAUUCGACUUAUUGACUUACGGCAAUCAGCUCUUUGUGAUACUCAUGCAAAACUAUUUGAGGAGCAGGAAGCACCAGGGUCAAGGUCAUUUUUCACCGACAUAAUUGCUUCAAUAUCAGAUAUUAAGUUUGCAAAAGAUGGAAGAUAUAUUCUGAGUCGUGAUUACAUGACACUUAAGUUAUGGGAUUUAAACAUGGAAACUGGGCCGAUUUCAACUUUCCAGGUCCAUGAGUAUCUACGACCUAAGCUCUGUGAUUUGUAUGACAAUGAUUCGAUGUUUGACAAAUUUGAGUGCUGUCUAAGUGGUGAUGGCCUUCGGGUUGCAACGGGUUCUUAUAGCAACCUGUUCCAUGUCUUUGGUUGUGCUGCUGGCAGCCAUGAAGCAAUGACUUUGGAGGCCAGCAAGAAUCCUACAAGACGACAAGUUCAGACACCUUCUAGGCCUUCAAGAUCCUUUGGGAAUUCAACACGUGGUCGCAGAAGAGGACUGGAAAGUGAUGCCAAUGGUGGGGCAUUUGACUUCACAACAAAGCUGCUUCACCUAGCAUGGCACCCUACUGCCAACUCGAUUGCCUGUGCUGCUGCAAAUAGCCUGUACAUGUACCAUGCGGAUGACCCAUCAAAACAAGCCUCACCCCCUCAUGUUCUUGAACCUGAUACAACGACAUGAUAGAAGCUGUCAUUCUCCAAGUAUUUGUGUACUUCUCCAUGCAUUUGUGUAUUCAUGUUUAUUAGGGACGAUAUGUAGCAUGGUCAAUUCUUUGGAGAGAGAGAGAGAGAGAGAGAGAGAGAAAUUCUUUGCUCCUUUUUUGUUCCUUCUUUUUGCAUCUGAGCUAGUAAAAUAUUUAAGUGGAGGUAGGUAAGUGCACCUCUUAAGUGGGAUGACAGAAAAGGAAGUUUGUAGCUUGAAUGGAACUUGUAUUCUAGUCCUUGAGCUCUACUUCUUAAUCUUCUGUGGCUGCAAGCCACUGUAAUUUAAUACCUGGAGGGCCCAUUUAAUUUGGAACCAUUAUUGUCAACAUAUAUAUAAUGUGUUUGUGCAUAUUGCCCAAUUAAAUUUGAUCCAAUUCAACUGAA